AUGGCUGAUGAAAGUGCUAAGGCUGAAUGUGAGCGUGUGUUUAAGCGCUUUGAUGUCAAUGGUGAUGGCAAGAUUUCAUUGACUGAGCUUGCGGAUGCACUCACGGCACUUGGCUCUUUUUCACCGGACGAAGUCCGUAAAAGAAUGGAGGAGAUCGACAUGGAUCACGACGGAUUCAUUUCACUCGACGAGCUAUUCGCUUUCCAACGUGCCAACCCUGAUUUGAUGAAGGAAGUUGUCAAGCGACUGUCAUGA